GCGUGAGGGGAGGCGGCGCGGCCCGUCCGCUGAGCCCCGCCGAGGAGGGAGGUGGCGGCGGCGGCCGAGUAACGGUGUGAAGAGUGAGCGAGGCGCUGAGCUGCUGCGGGGAUGAGGGACCGGCUGGCUGAGCUUUUAGCGGGUAAAAAAGAUGAAGAUGGAGAGACAACUGUUGUUGUUGAAAAAGAUUAUUUUAUGGAUGAUUUCUUCCAGCAGGUUGAGGAACUCAGAAACAAUAUAGCUAAAAUAGCACAAAAUGUGGAAGAAGUUAAGAAGAAACACAGCAUUAUCUUGUCUGCACCAAAUCCUGAAGGCAGAACAAAGGAAGAACUCGAGGACCUGAACAAAGAAAUCAAGAAAAUUGCUAAUAAAACUCAAGCUAAGUUAAAGGCUAUUGAACAAAGUUUUGAUCAAGAUGGGAAUGCUAAUCGAACAUCAGUUGACCUCAGGAUACAAAAAACACAGCACUCGGUAUUGUCCUGGAAGCUUGUGGAGGUCAUGACAGAAUACAAUACGACCCAGACCCGAUUUCGAGAACGCAGCAAAGGACGGAUACAGCGACAGUUAGAAAUAACUGGAAAAAACACCACUGAUGAAGAACUGGAAGAAAUGUUAGAAAGUGGUAAUCCUUCUAUUUUCACUUCUGAUAUUAUAUCGGACUCCCAAAUUACUAGACAAGCUCUGAAUGAAAUUGAGUCACGACACAAAGAUAUUAUGAAACUGGAAUCCAGUAUACGGGCACUACAUGACAUGUUUAUGGACAUGGCUAUGUUUGUUGAGACUCAGGGUGAAAUGAUCAACAGCAUAGAAAAGAAUGUGAUGAAUGCAUCAGAUUAUGUAGAACAUGCUAAAGAGGAGACAAAAAAAGCAGUUAAAUAUCAAAGUAAAGCGCGAAGGCUCCGUAUGUGUUAAUAAGAAUGAACAACAAGUAUCCAAGAAAAGGAGAAGAUAAGCAGUUUCUCAAAUCUCCAGUUACGACUGCAGACAUAAACAUGCUUUAUCAACUCAGCUUCCAUAUGUAGCAAACAGUACUUUAUCAACAGAAGUUGUUUAUGGAUUUAAACAUGAGUAUUCCAUGAAAUAAAACACAUAGGUGUUAGGCAAAUAUUCAAAAGUUAAUUUAAGACUACUGUGAUUGACUGCAGUUAUAUGUACAAUUUGGAAGAGAAAUACUGGCAAUAAGUAUGUCAUUGUAUUGAGGUGCUUUUCAAAAAACUUCAACUACAUGUCAACAUUUUCUGUCCAUAUAUACUAUUUGCUAUGGUUCUAGAAUGUGCAUGUACUACUUAAAAUAGAUUUAAAAUCUGAUAUGAUACAUUAAUCUGGAUUUUUCUUUUUUGCAGAAAAUGACAUUCAUAAUUAUUUGUGUAACUGUCUUGCUUGUGAUCCUUGGAAUUAUCCUAGCAGCUACAUUAUCAUAGCAAGCACAUUCCAAGAGUUUAAGAAUCUUCAGGCUCCAAAUCACAUCUGCAGUGAAACCAAAUAUCCUAACUUUUUUGUGGUAAAAGAUGCCUUACACCAUGUUACACAUGAUGUUCAAUGCUGACCUAUCAUUAGUGAUUUAAAGGUGAAAACACAAUGGCACCUAAUGUUUAAUCAUAUCUGUAAAUCAAAGUGUAUAUGGGAAAUCAAUUGGAUUUUCAUCAGAAACCACAUGGAUCUGUCAGUGUGAAGCCUGCUUUUAAUGGUUUUGAAUUUAAGUGAUUUGGGAAUUCCACUUUUUGAUAUUUCAGUGUUAUAAACACAGAAUUUAAUUAGGGAAUUGUGGAACUAUUGAGUUUUGGCUAUUUGGUAUAAUUUUUUCACUUCUAAUGCAAUUUUAAUCAAGAAUUUUAGUAUCACAUUUGUGUUCUCUUCUUGUUAACAAAAUAAUUGAUUCUCUGAGCACUGUUUUGUAGGCGAUGUAGCCAUAACUUUACAUAAAACAUUUACUGGUUAGUCAUCUUGCUCUGUCCAGUUUUUAUAGGAAAAAAAUUCCCUCUUCAACUAAUGCUGCCUCAUUUUAUUUUAAAAAUCAAUUUGUGCUUAAAGAUAUUAUACAAUUCUUUUUAAUUUGAGGGGGAAAUCCUGCUUCCAGAAAGCUUGUGAAGCAACCAAAUAGCGUUCUGUUAAUAGUGACUAUAAAAUUUGAACUGUUUUUAACCCCCCCCCCCCCCAGUAAAGAUUGUUUAGAAGAUUGCACUUAAGUCCAUUUCUGCUUGUUGCAUUAUGUUAGAAUUCUUAGAUUUGGAGGGGGGGGGGGACACUAGUUAUUGUGAAGUUUAUUGCUCUAUUUACUUUAUCAGAUUUAUUGUGCUUAAUUGCUUAAAAUGUGUGUCUAAUCUAUAUAAUCAAGACAGUGGCUGCAAUGUUUUCCUGGUAUAAAAAUGCAAUAAUGAAGCACAGAUAUAGUAUUUGAACAGUUUGGGAAGAUAUUUCAAAAUAAAAUUUGUUGUGCAUAUGAAACUAAAACUGACAGCAAUUUAGCUUUACAACUUUGACCAGAUUGGCAUAAGCCACAUUUCAUCUUGUUCCUUAUAGAGCAAAAAUCAAGACUUAAUUUUCAAAUGUUUGCAAGUGGUGGUGAGAAAUGAUAGUAAUGAAUAGGUUUCCUUAAUUGCAUUAUAUUUAGAUUUGCUGCUAAUACACUGAUUUGUUAUGAAAUUUACUUUUGUGAAUUUAUGUAACAAGUAUGAAGAGUUUAGUAAUGGCUAUCAUAACUGAUAUAUUGCUGCUUGUAAAGUUUUAAACAUUUCAAACUUAACCAAAAUAGCCUAAUUUAAUGUUACAGGUUAUUUUUGUUCUUGUAUCAUUUCUGUGUAAAAUAUUUAUAAUUUGUAUUUUGAUUUCUCAUUUGAAUAUGUUCAUGUAGAUAUAUUUACACUUAAAGUGAAAUAGAAAAAGAAGAAAGGGAGCCUUCUUAAAACAUGGCUUACAUCUCUUCAUUUUUCUGUUUUAAGAUGGUUACAAAUGUUGUUUUGCUUUAGAUAAUGUUAAAUGUUGCAACUUUUUAGUACUGCAGCUUACUGACUCAUUACACAUUAAAAUGUUCUUGUUUAAAAUGUCUGAGAAGCAAGUUAUACAUUAAAAUGUAACUAAUUGAAAUGCUUAGCAAGAUUUACAAUGUAUGCCAUCUGUUGAAGGAUAUUCCUGCUUGAUGCUGUCCAAAUAUACUGUGAAAUUUUCUUCAGAUUGUAUUUUGCAAAUGGUGAUCCAUGGUGAAAGCACAUAGGAACAAAUAGGCUUCUUUAGUUGCAUUGUGUUUGGGAUUGCUGAAUAAGAUCCUGAUUCAGUAAUUUUAUCCUGAAAACACUUGUUAAAGAUUAUUCAUGGACUCUUACAAAUCGGCUAUCAAGAAAUUUAUUGAAAUGUUCAUCUUAAUUAAUGAACAAAUUUCUUUACCUUUCCUUGAGUUCGGACACCCAGGAGUGACUAUGGAAGUCUUUAUGCAAAAUACUGACAGUUGGUUGACUUGAAAUGGUCAGUUCUUAAGUAAAAUGUAUUUUUAUUUAAUAGCUUUGUUUUCUAGUAUUUAGUAAUAAAACUUAUUUAUAGAAAUGUACAGAUUAUUCUAUUUAAGAAAAAUAUCAGAUAGUGCUGUUGAUAGAAGUGGAUUAUCUACAUCAACCAAAAAAAAGUGUGUAACUUUUUACACUCAUUUGCAAGAGAUUCUCCAUUCAGAAUAUAAAUUGAAAGGGUCAUUUUUUACUACUUUAUAUUUGUUCAUAUACUUGCCUCACAAUUUUGUUUUUUUUAAAAGAAAAGAAAAUACAAGUAUAUUUCAAAUUCCACACAGGUGUACAUGCUAACUUCCUUGUCACUUCAGGAGCAAACAACUGGUUUCUAGUUUAAUU